GCGCUGCGAGUGCUUCGCGCUCCCGAGUGAAGUGCGCUGAUGGAGCACGAGCGGCUUUAUUAUAAAACACCGGGCGCGCGCGCUCACUUUCAUUUCAAAGGGUGGCAUUGACGUCACCGCAGGUCCAUAAGUCUAUAGAAAGGGAGCUCGCAACAUUUCCCAGCCUUCAUUCUUCCGCGAGAGGGCAAGGAGGAUUACGAUGGUCAUCAGAGUGUUUAUCGCGUCCUCCUCCGGGUCUGUCGCGGUGAAGAAACGUCAGCAGGCCAUCGUGGGCUUUCUGGAGGCCAACCGGAUCAGCUUCGAGGAGGUUGACAUCACCAUGCUGGAGGAUCAGAGGCUCUGGAUGUACCAGAACAUUCCUGAGCAGAAACGACCUGAAAAGGGCAAUCCUCUCCCCCCUCAGAUCUUCAGUGGAGACGACUACUGCGGCGAUUAUGAAGAUUUCUUCCAGUCUAAAGAGACGAACACAGUGUUCUCAUUCCUCCGUCUGCCCCCUGUAAAGGACUCUGAAUCCUAGAGCGUGUCAUUGACAUUUCUCUUGACUGAAACACUGUGCUUUUGCCUCUUUUUCCUGUGAUGUAACUUUCGUCCCCUGGUCUGUAGCCCUCACUGCCAGCAAUGCUUUUGCCAAACACACACUGCCCUCCAGCUAACAAACUUCACACACAUACACAGUGUGAUUAAUGUUUUCUAUGGCCUAAUUAAUUAUUUAUAUGUGUUGCUGUUAUGUUUCAUUUGUUGUACAUGUGUUGCAUGAAAAACCUUUUCUUUUUAUAACGUGAUACAGGGAUAGAAAGUGAACUUAUGUUUGUGUGCAUAAGACUUAUAUUGUUAACAAAGAGAAUAAUAAGUAUGCAAGGCUGCAUGAACACGUCUCUUGAAACUUGUUCUUUGUUUACAUUUCCAAAAGGAAAUGUAGGGAAACAGCAGAAGAAUUUGGUAUAUUGUCCUUUCCGCAGGCUUGGAUCUAUUUGUAAAAAAGAAGUUCAGACCAAAAGCCAAAACAACCUCAAAACAGGAAAUAGAAUCCCGACCUGAAUUAAGAUCUCAGUGAAACAGCGAAAAUCUGAGCUCUGUGUUUCAACAACACAUAAUGGCUCUUCAAAGCUUUUUCUGAGUGUAAAACUGGUCCUAAAUCAGUAUUUGAACACCUUAUGCUCUAUUAUUGGAAUUUCACAUCUCAUUCCUAAAGCCUUUUGUUCUUUCGGAUAAAAAAAAAAACAUGCUAAAGACCUCAUAUCUUGCUCAGUCUUUUUCUCUUUAAUUGUGUGUUAAAGUGUGUUUUUCUUCUCAGGGGUAUGUUAGCAUGUAGCACACUGUGAUGCCUCGACUUUCAGCUCACCAAUUUAUGUAGCUUAUAUAGUGACUUAUAUCAUGCAAAGCUGGGGAGAAUAGUUGGUUUACUCACAAAGUUGUUUUGUGGAACAUAUUUAAUGUUUACACAGUCUACUCUAGAUUUUUUCCUCACAAACACAACAGAAUCACUCAUUUACUAUUCAUUGUGAUAUGCGCUUCUUGCUUCACUCCUCCCACCCAUUCAUUAAAUGAUUCCACAUGAAUAAGCAUGUAUGUUUCCGCACACACACACACCAUUCUCAGGACAUAAUUAUGUUUUACGUAUGUCUCACACAAACACACACACAUACACACAUUCUGUAAAAUGGAAUCAUUCCUCUCUGUACUGAUGUAUGUAUGAAGUUACUGUUGUUUUCUUUCAUAAUCUAAAUGAAUAAUUUAAAAAUCUAAUUUUUAAUAAAAUAUAUUCAAAAACUGC